AUGCCAACCAAAUCAGCAUCGACACAGAACCACCAUCUAGAAUGCCCGCCUCGCCCGACACCGACGGUGAGAUGCACGAGUGACACUGGCGGCUUACCCAAACAAUGUGGCUUGUCAAUGUUCUGCCGUAGGAUGUAUCGCCGACCCGUCGCCCAAUCUUGGAGCGGCCUCCGCUUUUCACCUACCUCACCGUGGGCCGGCUUUGUUGCCGAGAUUACGCUGACCACCCCCGGAGAGCGCCGACACAAUCAGAACGCCCUCACAGACAUCACUGCCCACCGCAUACAUCGUAGACUCCCAGCGUACGCGUGCUCGUGGUUCUUGCUCCUGGGGUCACUCGACACGUUUGUGUUACGCCGCCCGGGCACUCGGUAUCAUCGCCCUCCAUCACAAUGA